AUGCCACAUGCUAUUCUCAGCUGCCCCCUUUUGCGGGAGCUCGAUAUAGCAUCUUGUCACAAGCUCUUGGAUACCUCGAUUCGUGCAGCAGCAGCUUCGUGCCCGCUCUUGGAAUCGUUGGAUAUGUCAAAUUGCUCGUCCAUCAUUGAUGAGACAAUACGAGAAAUAGCUAUGUCUACUGGAAAUCUUCGUUUUCUCGAUGCUUCAUACUGCCCAAAUGUUGCUCUUGAAAGGAAAUGCGAGAAAUCGUCGCCGUUGAAGGGCGUAAUGGGGAUAGCGUGGGCUGCAAGCAGACAGAUAUGGGCCGUAGAUGGUCUUCAGAUCAGUAAUUGGGCUGGGGCCCACAAAUGGGAAUUUGUACUGCUUUGGUAA